AUACCUUGUCACUAAUUUCACUAAUCUAAAUUAUUUUCCUAAUUUUUAAUUAAAUAUAAAAUAAUAAAAGAACAUAAUUUGUCUUUAAAAAGUAUCUAAAUAGCUGUCUAGCCACAAUGUACGCGGCGACUAAUAAGUAAUGGAAGAAGCAAUCAGUCUAACGUGAGUUGUCAAUUGAAACAGGUAAAUAAUAAAAAAAAAUUUCUAUAUGGAAACUGCGUAUUCCGAAUUAAAUUUAACUAGAAUAUGUCGAAUUUGUUUAAACGAAUAUUCUGUAAUGAAAGAUUUGUUCCAAGAUAACCUAGUAGAAAUUGUACAAAGUUUAACUACCUUGCAAAUUCACCAGUAUGACUUAAUGCCUAACCUUUUAUGUAUUCAUUGUUUUGACGAUAUAAAACACUUUAGUUUAUUUAGAAAUAAGGCUUUGGAAAACGAUAAACUUUUACAAUCAGUUUUAAAUUCUAAAACGUACACAAAUAAUCUAUAUUUUGAAAAUCCAUUAAUAAAAAAUGAUGUUCAGCUAGAAAAUAAUACAAGUAAUUUUGUAGAAAACCCUCAGACUGAGUCGACCUCUAAACAGGUUAAUCAGUGUAAUAUUUGUAAUAAAAUUUUUAAACAUUCAACAUCAUUAAAACGACACCUUAAACUUCAUACUGGCAGUAAACAGUAUGAAUGUUCAUUUUGUGGAAGGAGAUUUUUUGAAAACGGUAAUCUUCAAAAACAUUUAAGGCAGCACAAACAAAUUGCAAAAAAACAUCAAUGCAAUGAUUGUGGUUCUAAGUUUUACGAUAGAUAUAAAUUACAAAUUCACAUGAAAUGCCAUACUGGGGAGAGACCUCAUGGAUGUAAUAUUUGUGGAAAGGGAUUUUCGACAAAGUCCCAGGUGCAACUUCAUAAAACAGUUCAUACACAAGAACGUAGGCAUCACUGUGAGAUUUGUAAAAAGAAUUUUGCUUAUAAAACUUCGUUGUUAAAACACUUGAAAAUCCAUACAGGGGAGCUACAGUAUUUUUGCCAAGAUUGUGGUCAAUCAUUUACGCAAAAAGUAAAGUUACUAGGUCAUAUUCGUAACAAACAUUCCAAGGAAUGUCCUUUUAUGUGUAAUGUAUGUGGACAGAUGUUUCCCUUGUCUGAGCAAUUACAAAACCAUUUAAGGACUCACACUGGCGAAAAAAAACUUCUAAAGCAUCCAUGUUCUGUUUGUAAAAAAUUGUUUUCAUCUCAAUCGGAGCUUCGAAUCCAUACUCGCAAGCACACAAACGAUAGACCCUAUCAGUGUGACAUUUGCGGAAAAAAAUUUAAAGCCUCUUCACACGUGACAUCACAUAGACGAAUACAUACUGGUGAAAAAAAACAUAUUUGUGAUUGCUGCGGAAAAUCAUUUAGAGAAGCAUCUACUUUAAAGGUUCAUUAUAGAAUUCAUACAGGAGUGAAACCUUACCAGUGUACAGUGUGUGAAAAGAAAUUUACGCAGAAAAAUACUUUAAUUGUACAUUCAAAGAUACAUGAAUAUAAUUAAAAAAAUGCAUAUUGAAAGUUUUCACUAAUGUCUAAACUCAUGAAGAUAACAAUGAAAUGCAAAAGUAGGUAUGAAAAAAAUUCAAAAACUGCUCUAUUUGUUACCGAUGUUUCUGGUAAUGUUUUAUUUGUUAAUAUUAGCUUUACAUACUUUUUAUGUCCUAUGUUAUGUAUCAUUCUCUUCUAAAUUAGAAAUCCUAUGCCAUUAGUUUUACCAGUAGGCGUUUCCUUGUAGUUUUUGUUUUGUAAAAAGCAGGGACAAGAAGGUAAACCCUUUUACAGUCGAGUAAUUCUAGUGGUGCCUUCCGUGUGUAUAUUGAUCUUGAACUUCUGUAAGUUGUAGUCCUCGAGAGAGAACGUCUUGUCUAUUCAAAGCUUCUUCUGACAUUUUCUUAUCUGAUAUUUUAUAUUAUACACUAGGGUACAAUUUUAUAACGAUUUAAAUAAAUUAUCUAUGUAGAGUUGUGAUUAUUGCUCUACUCCAGGGGUGAACAAAAGCCUUUUGCUUACUUUAUCGGACCCAUUGAAAAAUCAUGUAUGCAAUUUUUUUAUUUCUUAUAUACAAUUUUGUUGAAAUCGAAAGUAUUUGUGUGCGUAUCAUACGUAUAAAUAAUUAAAUAUAUAAAUAAUAGAGUAUUAUAAUUUGAACAGCUGUAACCAUAUCCCUACUUUAAUAUAUUGAUAUCGAUGUUGUUGAAUGCGAGGGGGAUAGUUGUCUCGAUUUUCAUGCUCUAUACUCGCAAUAGGAAUGCUCCCGCCAGAGGAGUGCUUUAUUCCAUUCGCAUUCUCAUGUAAAUAGACAAUUCUAACCUAUAAUUUUUAUUGAAACAUAAUUGUAUAUUAAUAAUUUAUAAUUGUAGUCAUAUAUAAGGGAUUGUAGUAAUGGAUGAUCUUCUGUAUAUUGGGGUACUGGAAGAAGCUGAAGAAAUUGUUGUCUUAAUAGACCCUCUAAUACAACUCAGUGAAGACCAAUUGAAAAAAACUAUUUCGGCUAACCAAAAAAACUUUCAGAGAUAUUUUGACACAAUGAGAAUAUAUCUGAACGAAUUCAUUUUAUUGUAAUAAUCAAAUUAUUUAUUUGUAGGCCUUUGUAAAAUGAGUCAAUGUAAAAAAGGGAAAGUUUGUUUAGAAUGCAGAAAUUUCAAUAAAAUACCUCUUCACAAACAUUGAUAAGAAAACGAUUUGUUUAGUUUGCCAGGAAACAAUUGCUGAUUUUAAGGAAUACAAUUUAAACAGGUACAUAUUUCAAAUAAAAAAAGUCCAAAAUAUGCUUCACCUUCUUUAAAAGAACUUCAAAGUGUAGCAGAAAACAUGUCAGAAACCUUGAAUAAGCAACUAAAACUACAACAAAAGCAAGUUACGCUGUUGCAUACAAAACUGCUAAGUUCUGUAAACUUUUUACUGAAGCACAAUUUGUUAAACAAUGCAUGAUACAAAUGUCGAAGAUAUGUUGUUCUGAAAAGAAACAUAGUUUUCAAAAAUGUAAGCCUUUCGAGAAGAACAACAAUAAUACGACGGAUCGAAAAUAUUCCGGAAAUUUAACUUGACCAGUUAAGAGCAAAGAGAGAGAGAGAGAGAGAAAGAAAUUCUUUAUUUAUAUAUGAUAAAACUUUGGUUUUAGAAGCGUUGAUACAGAGAAGAUUAGCAUCAUACCAUGAUUUAAGGGUGGUUAGGUCACUAGAUAUGGUCCUAUGAAGUGCAGUGAGAUCAGGGUUGCUCUGAAAGAAACUAGUGUCGUCUGCAAAUAGACAUAUUUUACCCCUGAUGUCUAGAUAGGCGAUGUCGUUUAUAAACAGAAGGAACAAAAUAGGACCUAGUACUGAGCCUUGGAGCAGUGCACAUUCUAUUGGCUUGCAAGAAGAUAUCAUUAUAUCAACCCUUACAAGCUGAAAUCUGUUGUUACGAGAAGUGUUCCCCAGAAACCAUAGGACUCCAAUUUGUUAAUUAAAAUAUGAUUAACACAAUCGAAAACCUUAGGCUAUAAUAGACAUUAUUUAGGAGGGAAAAUAUAGCAUCAUUUGUACAUUUGUUACUUAAAAACCCAAAUUUGUGGGUAAUAAAUAUUUUAUAUUUAGGCAGAAAUGAUAAAAGGUUUUUUUUGACCAAUCUUUCUAUGAUCUUAAAUAAUGUGGGAAGGAGUGCAAUUGGGCGAUAAUUCGAUGCUUGAAUGCCGAUUUCACAUAUUGUUUUCUGGCUUUAGAUGAGUCCUGUGGUACAAAAAACGUAAAAAAUGAUAACUCAAUAUUUAUCGAAUUUUUUUAUUAAAAUGGAUAACGUUCUCCUAAUUUAAUUUGAAACAAACUUCAUAUUCGAAUUCAGCGACCUCGAAAUCAUGUGAAUAGACUAUUAUUAGCAAUUAGUAGGAAUCUGGUCACUACUAUGCAUUUUUGGGGGCGGUUGCCUCUCGCCUAUAAGUGUAGUAGCAGUAAGACAAACUUUUUUUUCCAAAUAGAAGUCAUACCAGGUCAUAAGAUCCUUUCUACCAUAGUAGGUAUACAAGUACAUAAAUGCCAUCUGCUGACAGAUUGUUUAAUUCAUCAACAUGUUAGAUAUAACCAGUGGUACACUGCACAGUGGGCUAAGACUAUGGUCUCCUAUAAACGUCAUCGGCAGCGUACAGCGUUAUAUCAUACGCCGAAUCACGAUACUUACUAUAGAAAUGUACUAUGUACUACACCGUAGGCACUAUUCAAACGCUUUGUGCCGCGACUCUAGUUAUUUCGAACCAUUGCAGCGUAAACGUCGUAUUUGGCGUCACCAUAAAAUGUCAUACUGAUCAUACUGUUUACACCAACACUCAUAAUUACACUCUGACUCGCGUUCCGAUAACCAAGCUAUCGUCUGCAGAGACUGUCAGUCUCUAAAGAGGAUAACUUUAUUUACCUUCAGCCUCUGAAGACAAUAACUUGAUUCUCGAAACGCGCGUCAGACAGUGUACUUGUGAGUAUUGGUGUAGUGGUAGUGAUAACUAUGUGUUCAGUAUGAAUAUCACCAACGGUUCCAAAAAUUCCAACAGUAACAAAAUGACGAAAUUUGGUAAAGAAAAAGAAG